AUGAAGUCUUUCAUUUCUCGUUCCUCCUCUCAAUUUGCCAAGAAGGUCAAUCCACGUGCUAGCAACACUUGUGUUAACAACAUCCAAAAGAGAUUCCUCAACAUUCACGAAUAUCAAGCCAAGGAACUCUUUAAACAAUUCGAUGUUCCACACCAAAGAGGUAUUACCGUUGGCGACUUGAAGGAUGUUAAAGGUACUUUGGCAGCUCUCAAAGAGCAAACAGGUACCAAGAACUUCAUUGUCAAGUCUCAAGUCUUGGCUGGUGGUAGAGGAAAGGGUCACUUCCUUGAAAAUGGAUUCCAAGGUGGUGUUAAAUUCACAAAGGAUGAAAAAGCAGCAGAAGAGGUUGCCUCAAAGAUGCUCUACAAUACUCUUGUGACUAAACAAACUGGUGAAAAGGGUAUCAAAGUGAACAAGAUCUUCUUUGCUGAAUGCUUGGACUUCAACAGAGAAUUCUAUUUUGCCAUUCUUUUGGACAGAGCAGCUCAAUGCCCAGUUUUUGUUGCCAGUUAUGAAGGUGGUAUGGACAUUGAAGAAGUUGCCGAGAAAAAGCCAGAAGCAAUCAAGACCUUGCUCAUUAGAGAUCUUGAGAACGGUCCAUCUGAUGCUGAGGCAAUUCAAUAUGCUAAGGAUCUUCAAUUCAAGAAGCCAGAGGAAGCUGCUAAAGUUAUGAAGAAACUCUACACAAUGUUCCGUAAGACUGAUGCUGCUCAAUUGGAAAUUAACCCUCUUGUAGAACUCGAUAACACUGCUGAUCUUUCAUGUGUUGACUGUAAAUUGAAUAUUGAUGACAAUGCUGCUUUCCGUCAACCAGAAAUUUUCGCUAUGCGUGACUGGGAUGCAGAAGAUCCAAGAGAAGUUGAAGCUGCCAAGGUUGAAUUGAACUACAUUGGUUUGGAUGGUAACAUUGGAUGUUUGGUCAAUGGAGCUGGUUUGGCAAUGGCAACAAUGGACAUUAUUCAACUUAACGGAGGUAAACCAGCUAACUUUUUGGAUGUUGGUGGUGGUGCUACAACCAAGCAAGUCAAGGAGGCUUUCAAGAUUAUUUUGAAAGAUGAAAGCGUCAAGUGUGUUUUGGUCAACAUUUUUGGUGGUAUUAUGCGAUGUGACGUUAUUGCUGAUGGUAUUGUUCAAGCUGCUUCAGAGUUGGGCGUCAAUGUUCCUAUUGUCGUUCGUUUGGCAGGUACUAAUGUUGAUAAGGGUCUUCAAAUUUUGGAAGAUGCUGCAAAGAAGGGCACUUUGAAGGCCAUCACUGCCAAAGAUCUCGACGAAGCUGCAAAGAAGGCUGUUUCUCAAUUGAAGUAA